AUGGCUCGUCUUUUUGUUUGGAUCAACUCUACGAUCCUGUUGCUUUUUGGCACGGAUGUCUUCUUGGUGGGAGCAAACCGGCCUCCAGCUCCCGAGAAUGUAUCUGUGAUCCACCUCCGGGCUGACUCUGCCACUGUGUCCUGGGACGUUCCAGAGGGAGACACCAUCAUCGGCUUUUCCAUCUCGCAACAAAGGCAGGACGGACACAUGCAGAGGUUCAUUCGGGAGGUGAACACGACCAGCCGCUCCUGUGUGCUGUGGGACCUGGAGGAGGAGGCGGACUACAUCAUCCAGGUCCAGUCCAUCGGUCUGUACGGGGAGAGCCAGGCCAGCAAGAAGGUCCACUUCCGAACGCUCAAGAAAACUGACCGCCUGCCCUCCAACAGCUCCAAUCAAGAUGACCCCACAGUGCUGGGCCUGGACAAGUCAAGACACCUUCAAACGGGGGAGAUGAUCAUUAUUGUGGUGGUCCUGGUCAUGUGGGCAGCCGUGAUCGCCCUGUUCUGCCGCCAGUAUGACAUCAUCAAAGACAACGACUCCAGCAACAACAAAGAGAAGGCCAAGCCGUCGUCGGAGCACAGCACGCCCGAGCACCACAGCGGGGGCCUUCUCCGGAGCAAGUUCCAUCCAUCCACGCCUUCUAUCAACAUCAUUGAAGUGUGA